UAGUUUUUAUUAGAUAGUUAGCUUUUUUUUAUUAGAUAGUUCGUUACUUGUUAAUUAGUUAGUUAGUAAAAAAAAGAAAGAAAGACGUUUUUCUAGGCAAUUUCUGUCAGUGCGGCAGUUUGCCUAGGUAACUGAAUCAUGCCUGGGACACCAUGAUUCGAAAGGUGCUCCCAGUGCAAAGAGGCUAUGCCAACCUCAGACGGACACACAGUAUGUGUCAGUUGUUUGGGGGAGUCCCAUGUACCCCCAAAAUGCGUCCAUUGCCUCAAGUUAACCCCGCGAGCGCACAGGGACAGGGAUCUCCGGCUCAAGCUCCUCCUUUGCGAUAAGGCUCUUCAGCCGCCACAAACUACUCAGGAGCAAACAGUUGCCCCAAAGAGAAGGGCGCUAUCCCCAGGGGUGCCUAAAACAAAAAAGAAAAAGACGUCUCCCACCCGCUCGCUCCCCGCUGUCCCCCUGCCGCGGGUGAGCCAGGAGAAGUCGGAGGCGAGACCGGCAUCUACAACGCUUCCCCGGUCUGUGGCAGAACAAGCAAAGCCGCACACAGCUUCGGCUUCUGAAGCGGCUGCCCCUACUCAUAGGGAGCAUGUACAUACCAGAACCCCUUCGGGGGAUAAGCUGGCCAUGCCGCUAAUGCCACCAACGAAACCGCCUGACAGGGAACUGUCCCCGCAGCAGCGGGACGAGUCAGAAGCGGCAACGGGGUCGGGACCGCUGAGAAAGGCAUCCCCGACCCCCCCCACAGGAGCGAGCACUGGCCGCUCCAGAGAACACACAGAGGCACCAGGAGACCACGGCUCACCGCGUGGUGCCGACAGGGCAGAUGGCACCGCAGGAGAGGAAUUCCCCCGGAGCUCCCCCGCUCCGUGCCAGGGGAAAGCAUUAACCCGGUGCUGUUUGACAGCUCGGUGCCAUGCGAAAGCUCUCACUCCCUGCCUAGGGAAAUCAUUAACUCCCAGCCGAGAGCUGCUCAGUCCUCCCACCCCUCAGGCUCCGAGAUUGCAAUCUCUUCCUUCAAGGCAUUCCCAGCCAGCGUGUGCUGAGCAUCACCAUGGCAACACAGCAGGAGACCUGACAGCUGCCCAGCAGUCCCUGGCAGCUGUUCCUACUAACACAGCAAGGAAAUCAGCACCUAGGUACCAUUCCAGGUCACCUUCACUGUACUUCUCACUGGAGCCUUCCCCUCCUGCAUGUCACUCAGACAUGGGGGCUUAUUCUUCAGCGUAUAAUAGCGAUCAUAGACGCUCCUGCUCGAAUUACUCUUAUAGACGGGGCUCUCUGCACAGAUCUCGCUCGCCGACUUGCUCGCCUCCCAGAUCAUAUCGGAGCAGGCACAACAGCAGAUAUACAUCAAGGAGAUCAUCUCCUGAUUAUGAUUAUCAUACUCACAGGAGUUAUCAUGCCCCUAUAAGGAAGGGCAGAUCACACUCCCAUUCCCACUCUUGCUGCUGCCACCAGCCGUAUCAUAGACGGGCUUCACCACAUGCCCCUGAAUAUCAAAGACUUCAUUCACCGAAACCGCCCCUUCCCACGGCACCCUCAACAUCAGUCCUCUCUGACCCGGAGGAGGGUCAAAUUUCGGAUACAGGCGAGCACACGCCUGCAGCUUCCCCUGGGGAUGUCCAAUCACCCUCCCCAGAUGAUGCAGUUUUCGUGGGGGAUCCUUCACCACCGGAUGAUGCCCGUGAAUUCCAAGACCUAUUCAAGAGGGUGGCACAGUCACAGGAAGUCCAACUAACAGAUGUGCAAGCGAAACAACAUAAGUUGUGGAAGAACUUACACCCUAGGCAUCAAUCCAGAACGGCCUUACCGCUAGACGAGGCAAUUCUAGAGUCGGCUUCAGAGAUCUGGAACACGCCAGCCUCAGUUACCCCAUCGUGUAAAAGGGAGGAGAAAAGAUACUUCAUAGCAGCCAAAGGGGCAGAGUUCCUGUUCACUCACCCCCAGCCAAAUUCACUGGUGGUGGACGCAGCCUUGCAGAGAGCAAAGAACCCACAGGUCAGAAAUUCAGCAGCUGACAAGGAUGCAAAAAAGCUAGACACCUUUGGACGGAAGGUGUAUUCUUCAUCCACGCUUCUCCUGCGUAUCGCUAAUUAUGCGGCGCUCUUGUCCAAUCAUAGCUUCGAUAACAUUGCAAGAUUGACGGAAAUUGCACAACGAAUCUCCGAGGCCGAUAGGGUUUCCUCCGCGAGAUAAUUCAAGAGAAAUAUGCGUGUGCCAGAGCAGGUCUGCAAAUUGCCAGUGACAUGGCUGACACAGCGGCGAGAACAGUUGCUACGGCAGUUUCCAUGCUAAGGGCCUCAUGGCUAGCAACGGCCGCAGUACCUAGAGUUACAAUCCAAGGUGGAAGACCUUCCAUUCGAUAGGAUUAAGCUCUUCGCGGAAAAAACGGAUGAGGUACUCCAUACAGGGAAGGACUCGCGAACAACCUUACAUACUCUCGGAAUGUACGCCCCACCUUUCCGCCGCAGACAAUAUUUUCCGUUCCAAAAACGGUAUGACUAUCAAUUCCGGAGACAACAAAACUGUCCUUACGAUAAAGGUCACCCUAGGCAGAAACCGCAGCGCAGACGUCCUCAGCCGACUAGAGUGAACAAUGCCGGGGCGCCCAAACAGCAGGUUUGACUCCCAUGUCGAGGGCAUGCUGAACACUCCAAUCGUUGCCAGAGAUGCCAAGCCCAUUUUUCAUCACAGACUGCAACCCUAUUAUCAUCAGUGGGCUGCUGUAACAUCAGACAAAUGGGUGUUGGAGGUAAUAAGAUCCGGUCUCACCAUCCCAUUCACAUCCCUCCUUCCUACCACCCCACCAUCCCCGUCCCUUUUCAGGGACCCUUCUCACGAGGACCUCCUGCAACAAGAGGCCUAUCGCCUACUAUCUAUCGGGGCGAUAGAGAAGGUCCCAGAGGACUUCAAGGGAAAAGGGUUCUAUUCACGUUAUUUCCUAACACAAAAGAAAACGGGGGGAUGGAGACCCAUUCUGGAUCUACGCCAGUUGAAUCGCUACCUCAGAAAACAGCGAUUCAAAAUGACGAUGCUCAUGACAAUCAUCCCAGCUCUGGACAACAACGAUUGGUUCGCGGCCCUCGACCUACAGGAUGCGUACUUUCAUAUAACGAUACAUCCCGCACACAGACGAUUCCUGCGCUUCAUCAUAAAGGACAAGCAUUUCCAAUAUCGUGUCCUCCCAUUCGGUCUCGCUUCGGCCCCACUGCUAUUCUCAAAGACCCUCGCAGUCGUUGCGGCGCACCUCCGGCGAAUGCGAGUCAUCAUAUUCCCUUAUCUGGACGACUGUUUGAUAAA